UGCUAACUCUGAAUCUCGUUUGUGUUUGCCUUCACUCAAGAUACGGACGCCAGUUGUGUUACCGGGCCGUGCCGACCGAGGAGUAGCUGCGCACCUACAGGUUUGUCCCUUUUCUCUUGCCCGCACAUUUCCCUCCCAACUGUGUGCGUCUUUUCCUUCACACAAGGUCCGCCCAAAGUAUCUUGCAACAGACCACUAGCAUAUGCAAAUACAUUUAGCACGGUCGCCUGCUGAGUCAACACGCAGUGGUCACAGCAUGAAACUCUGACACCGACCAACAAACAAUUAACGAAGUCACCAACCCCGGCACCAAUAUGAGCACAGCACCCGCAAGCCCUGCCGGCAACUCUCCGCUUCUUCAGCUCCCUCGCGAGUUACGCAACCAGAUCUAUGGAUACCUACUAGGCGCGGAAGUCAUCACGAUCCAAUGCGCCGUUACCAAAGCACCCAAGUCUCGCGUUGCCGUAGGUGGAGAAAUCGGCUUCUGCGAGGCUCUGUACCAGAAGCAUAAGCUUACUUACCCGCUAGCGCAUCGCAGUACGUGGGCUGUGCCGGUGAACAAUCUGGCAGUUCCUGCGGACGACUUUCAGCUCGACUCGUCAACUGUACAUAUGACCUACCAGAUUGAUCUCUCACUUCGAAAGACUAGCCCGCUAGCUCUGGAACUGCAGUUACUUGGGGUCUGCCAACAGCUUCACGCCGAGGUCGUUGAGGUUUUCUAUAGCAAGAAAACGUUCUCGUUCACAUCAGCUUUUGCGAUUCCAGCCGCUACCGCUUUUCUUGGAGACAGGUCAACGGACGCACUGGGCUCCGUGCGAUCUCUUGAACUCCGUCUGGAAGAGGCUCUUGGCUUCCCCCUCCUGGAGGGCGAUUACCCGAAAACAAACGAGUGGUCGGUAAUCCGAGAUACUUACGGCUACUAUCCAAGACUCUGUGAGCUGCUGGCUUCGCGCUGGGUCAGUCUCCGCAAGCUGUCGCUCAUCAUUGAAAGUCGCGCCAUGUACUAUCGCGGUACGCAGCCGCAAACCCUGCCAACAAUGAAGCAACUUUUUGAGGGCGGUUAUGAAGAAUCUCAUACAUCAUGGUCCAACCUUGAGCAGAGUACGUUAGCAUCGUGGAUACAUCCGCUUUUCAAGGUCACGGGACUCCGCGCUCUCUCAGUAUUUUGGUUCAUGACUUCACCGACUAUACAAAGAGAGUUGGACACGGUAUUACUGAUGGCCCAGCGGAUGUUGGGGGGACGAAAGCAAACAGAAGAUCUCGAUGAGCUUAUAUUCAGAAGUCACGUUGUGUCCAAGUUCUCCCAUAUAAUGGAAGGCUCCCUGGCUUGGUACAAUUCGGAUAUGAGGCUCUUGCGAUGGCAGGAAGACAACCCAGAAUACUAUCCAGACAGUUCGGUUCUGGAUCGCGCAAGUGAUGACAACAGCCAGCCGAUCGAUGCUCAUGUAUAUCAUUCGAUCGUGCAAACGAUGUUUGAGCGUUACAAUGCCUUCCGGAUUUGUCGCUUCGAACUUGAAGCUAGCGACGGAUAGGUGUGGGCAUGGUGUGAUUGAGUCAAAGCAGACGGUAUUUGAGACACAUCAGACGGACGAACAGUGCUUCAAACUUUAAUCAUAGGUAGAACUACCACCAUGGACAAGCAUAAAUC